GCGGUGCAUUGUGGGCAGAGGGGCGGGGGUUGGGAAGAUGGCGGCUCCCAGCCUCCUCAACUGGAGGCGGGUUUCCUCCUUCACGGGGCCGGUCCCCCGCGCCCGGCACGGACACCGGGCCGUGGCCAUCCGGGAGCUGAUGAUCAUCUUUGGAGGAGGCAACGAGGGCAUCGCGGACGAGCUGCACGUCUACAACACAGUUACAAAUCAGUGGUUCCUACCGGCUGUUAGAGGAGACAUCCCUCCAGGUUGCGCUGCCCAUGGAUUUGUCUGUGAUGGUACCAGAAUAUUAGUAUUUGGGGGAAUGGUUGAAUAUGGAAGAUACAGCAAUGAGUUAUAUGAGUUGCAAGCAAGUCGUUGGUUAUGGAAAAAAGUGAAACCCCACCCCCCUUCUUCUGGUUUACCUCCAUGUCCUCGGCUUGGACAUAGCUUCUCUUUAUAUGGUAACAAAUGCUAUUUGUUUGGUGGUCUGGCAAAUGAAAGUGAAGAUUCAAACAAUAAUGUUCCCAGAUAUUUGAAUGAUUUCUAUGAGUUGGAGCUACAGCAUGGUUCUGGUGUUGUGGGUUGGAGCAUUCCAGUGACUAAAGGAAUUGUGCCUUCUCCAAGAGAGUCCCACACAGCUGUCAUAUAUUGCAAAAAAGAUUCUGGAAGUCCUAAAAUGUAUGUCUUUGGUGGAAUGUGUGGUGCUCGCCUGGAUGAUCUAUGGCAACUUGACUUAGAAACUAUGUCUUGGUCAAAACCAGAAACUAAAGGGACAGUGCCACUUCCACGAAGUCUUCACACAGCCAGUGUUAUAGGAAAUAAGAUGUACAUUUUUGGUGGAUGGGUUCCACAUAAGGGGGAGAAUAUUGAGACUUCACCUCAUGAUUGUGAAUGGAGAUGUACUAGUUCAUUUUCUUACCUAAAUCUUGAUACAGCAGAGUGGACCACCCUAGUAUCAGAUUCUCAGGAAGAUAAAAAAAAUUCAAGACCAAGACCAAGAGCUGGACACUGUGCUGUUGCAAUUGGCACUCGAUUGUAUUUUUGGAGUGGAAGAGAUGGCUACAAAAAAGCACUGAAUAGUCAAGUUUGCUGCAAGGAUCUUUGGUAUCUUGAUACUGAGAAACCACCGGCACCAUCACAAGUACAACUAAUCAAAGCCACUACCAACUCUUUCCAUGUCAAAUGGGAUGAAGUGCCUACGGUUGAGGGCUAUCUUUUGCAGCUGAAUACAGACUUGCCGUACCAAGCUGCAUCAUCAGAGUCUUCAGCAGCACCAAAUAUGCAAGGAGUCAGAAUGGACCCUCACAGACAAGGCAGUAAUAGCACCAUUCCUAACAGUAUCAGUGAUACAGUGAACAAUACAAAAACUGAACAUACAGCUAUGAAAGGAACUUCUGUGAAAAACAGACCAGAUCUUAAAGCAUCAACUGAUUCUAAUGCCACUUUACAUUCAUCUUUGGCAACUAAUGCUUCUAAUCAUAAUAGUUGUGUCGUGGAUGUACUAAGGAAAAAUGAAGGUCCUCAUACUUCAGCAAAUAUAGGUGUUCUAAGUAGUUGCCUGGACUUAAGAACAGUAAUCCCUGAAACUUCUGUAUCCAGUUCUGUUUCCAGCGCACAAACUAUGGUAACCCAGCAGACCAUUAAAACUGAAUCAUCCAGUACAAAUGGGGCAGUUGUUAAAGAUGAAACUUCACUAACAACAUUCAGUACCAAAUCUGAAGUGGAUGAAGCAUGUGCGCUGCCUGCAACUAAGAUCAGCCGUGUAGAAGCAUAUGCUACAGCGAUGCCGUUUUCUAAAGAGAUUCCUUCAAAUCCAGCGGCCACAAUGAAAGCAGGAGAACGACAGUGGUGUGAUGUAGGAAUUUUUAAAAAUAAUACAGCUUUGGUGAGCCAGUUUUAUUUGCUGCCAAAAGGAAAGCAAAGCAUCUCAAAGAUAGGAAGUGCAGACGCACCUGACUACAGUUUACUUAAGAAACAAGAUCUUGUUCCAGGCACAGGAUACAGAUUCAGGGUUGCUGCCAUCAAUGGUUGUGGAAUAGGCCCUUUCAGCAAAAUCAGUGAAUUUAAAACUUGUAUUCCCGGUUUUCCUGGAGCUCCUUCUGCAGUCAGAAUUUCAAAGAAUGUUGAGGGUAUCCAUCUCUCCUGGGAACCUCCAACUUCCCCUUCUGGAAAUAUUUUGGAAUAUUCAGCCUACUUGGCUAUCCGCACAGCACAAAUACAAGAUAAUCCAAGUCAACUUGUGUUUAUGAGGAUUUAUUGUGGUCUUAAGACAUCAUGUAUAGUAACUGCCGGGCAACUUGCAAAUGCACAUAUCGAUUAUACAUCCAGGCCUGCCAUUGUGUUCAGGAUAUCAGCAAAGAAUGAAAAGGGAUAUGGACCAGCUACACAAGUUCGAUGGCUUCAAGGUAACAAUAAAAAAGCACCUUUAAAUUGAAUUUUUUUUUAACUGAAGCUAUUGUGAUGAUUAUUUAUUAGUAACUGGUUUUGAAUAUUUGUCAUUUAAGAGUAUUCUGACUGUAUUUCUAGCACUUAUGAGUUUGAGUUUGUAAGUUGUUCUUAAAAUGUAUUUGCUCAAUUUUAGAUCCAAAUAAAAAUAGAAAAGAAGCAAAGACUCUCUGAAAAUUAGUAUAUGGAUUCGUCCUUACAGUUAUAUAACUGCUUUUUUAUAAAGGAAAAUAGUAAAAUUAAGAUAAAAGCUAGAAGGCUUUAUUACCCCAAUAUCUUUUCUAAAGGCCAUGUAACUCAGUCAUCCUAGAGUUAUUGAGGUGAUUCUAGUAACUGGCUGUGUACACUGUGCUGUCACACGUAGUAGAUGUUCUCUCCACUGUCAAGGCCCCGUCUUUGAGUACUCCCUCUAACUUUAUUAUUCUAGACGAGCAGCGGUCCUUUUUAACAACUAUCUUCUACUGCAUAAUAUUUGUGAUACUAAUUUUAGUAGCCGCUAUUUGAUUCAUUUCUUUGUCUACAGUUAGCACAGAGCUUAAGAAAUUACAACAGAAAGAAAGAGGCGAGUUUAGAAACUCUGACUUUGAAUUUUUAUUAUUUUCCAAGAAUCAUGGCAAAAUACAAAAAGAAUAAUGGGCUUUCUUGAUUCAUACCUGAUAUAUUGGAAUAUGUUUUUGGCCAAAGCACUUAACUUACCCGGUCCUCGGUUUCCUCAUCAGUAGAAGAGAGAGUUAAAAGAAUUUACAUUUAAGGUUUCUUUCAGCACUAAAAUUCUGUAUUUUCAUCAGAAGCAAAGUAUAUCUGUGAACAUUUUAACAUCUGUCUUAGUGGCUCUAACUUUGCUUUUGCUGAAAUUAAUAAAACGUUCAUAAUUUAAAAUUCAAAAUUGAAGUAUAUAUGUCCUCCUUAUUGCAGAAAGAAAGAAGCACCUUAACACGUUUUGAAAUAGUGUUUUAAACAUUUGUAAGAUUUUUGUAAAUGCUCUAAAUGUUUUAUUUUUGCAUUGUUUUUACCUCAAAAUUGUAUAAACUUUUUUACAACUGAAAUAUAAGCAUUAGACAGCUCACUCAGGUCCCAUUGCAACCUUCAAGAUGCAGAUAGGCGUGAUGGGUCCCUUGCCACAGGCAGCUUGUUUUGAACCUCUUCGGAACGUCACGGUUCCACUGCCUGUUCUGAUCUGGACUGGAAAUACAGAGCAGUAAGUGCAGAGAAAGAAGGUAGUUCACGCUACGAGCUGCAGGAAAACGCACGGGCCCAGGUCUGUCUUUUUUAUACCAUGUAACCUUAUGCCAGUUUAGGUUGACUGAGUAGCUGUGUCCUCGAGCUUCACGUAGAAUACUCCCAGCCAAGAUGGAUUUAAUUGUGCAGAAUUGAUAUAUAUGUAUGUUCCAGUUACUAAUUUAAAGUGUAUAGAAUAUUUUAAUAUAUAAUUUUUGUAAAGAACUGGGAUUUUUAUACUACAGUAUUUGUAAUUAAUGUGUCUCACUAAUUAAGUUUCUCUCAAAGAAAAUAUGCAAACUGUUUAGACACGUAACGAGUGAUUUCCAAACUCUAAAGGUAAAAUAAAUGCACUACUCUGGUGUUGUUAGAAUACCUUUUUCGUGGCUGUAUGAAUCCUUAAUCUUUAAAUGUGUGUUUUACAAACAAUGUUUACAAGGAGCUUCUCUGGUUUGUUAUGUCAGCAUCUCCCUUGGUGAGAGCUUCAUUCUGCAUUUGUUAAAUUCAUAUGCUUUGCUUUUAGCAUAUGCUUGCUUUUUGCACUAGUAGAAUUUUAACUUACCUCAUUAUUAUGUUUGUAAUCAUUUGUAUAGCUUCCAUAAUAUGUCUGAUAUAGGCUAAACAAAUACUUAACCAAAGUUAAAAUAAAUGGUAAGCAAUUUUGCACAUAUUAAAUGCUAGGGUUUGUUGUGUAUAUGUGUGUGUUUAGUUAUAAAAAGAGUAAGAAUGGAAAGUUAUAGUAUAUGUUUCAAGUCUGAUUAUUUUAAUUAUCUGUUUGCUUUAGUAGAAAAAGGUCUCGCUUUUAACUCCUUAUUCUCUGUAUUAAUUAACAUUUUGUAUCUCGAGGUCCUUCUCUUAAUGACAAGGACUAAGUCGACUCUAAGCAAAGAAUAGAGUAUUUGUUUGAGUGUGCACAUUUAUACCUAUUUAGUAUUCGGCUUAGUUUACUUUGCUUACAUGCCUCAACUGUGCUGUGAACCUGUGGUUCUAACAUACAUCUUAUUUUCUAGAGAGAAAGGCAGUCUUUCUAUAUACCAAGGGAUUUGUGAAAAUAACAAAUGUUUUUACUUGGAGAAUUAGCCCAGAUUCUGUUAUCAUUUUUUGGCAUUUGUACAUUAAGGAGUGGCCCCAUUUAUGGGUGACUGAAAAAUGCCAUUGAGAAAUCUCUGUGGCUUGACAUUAAUAGUUAAUAACAGAUCUUUGAGCUGCAUGUUCAUGAAUAGAAUGGACUAGGGUAAAUAACAAGAGAAGUGCAUUUAGCUUCCCAUGAUUUGCACAUUUUCUGAGUGAAGAUCCCUGAGUAGCAGUGGGUUAGAUCAUGCAGAUAUCUUUCAUAAGAGGAUUUAUGCUGAGUUAAAUGACUUUCUUUACUCCUCCCUGCUGGAUAGGCAAUUCAGAUGUACAAGCCUUUGUGCCACAGUCCUCUUCCUGGGCUCUAAAACUUUGAUUCACAUAUGUAGUAAAAAGAUUGUGAUGUUGCAUGCUCUUAGAAUUAUGUUUUCUAAAAUAUUGUAUUGGCUUCAUUUUAGUUUAGUAAACUGUUUUGGCAGUUUAACUAGAAAUAGGGCAUUAUAAACUCACUUUUAUCCACAUUAAAAAAAAAACAAUUUGAUUGCAUGUAUGAGGCCCCUUUGCCCUAAAACCCAAUUACAUAAAUACAAUCAUCUAUUAGAAGGUAAAACUGUUGAUCCAUUAUUUCAAAGACUUGUAGCCUAGCAAAGAUUUGUUGCGGUUAGAGAUAUGGUCUACUGUAACUGAAGGUAUUUUUA